CAUACACAUUUGUAUUCUCUUCAUCGUCAAGGUCUUAUCUGUCUUUGAAAAGCUUCCGGACAUUAAUCUUUUUUGGACGAACUUCUUCGUCUCAUAGAAAUCUCGAUAAGCUCGAUCGAGAAAAUAGCCCUACAGUUCCAAGACUUCUCGCUUAGACCGGAGUGGCUGGCUAGCUCAUGACGGCAGUAAAGGCAAUCCCUGGCAGUUUUUUUUGCCUAACAACGAAUCCAAGGAACCGAAGCUUUGCUCAAACUUCUCAGGGUAUUGCUUUGGUGACAAACUACUCAUAUAAACAUCGCGAUCAUCACUUUCAUGGAGACCGGAGAAAUUCGAGAUCUUUAAGAACGAGCCGCUGCUUUCUAUUGGAUGUGGUCACACGGAGUAGCGUUGACCCAGCUGGGCAUCUUCCUUCUGGUUGUUCUCCGGGUUCUUGGAAGUUGUGGAUUUUGGGAGUGGUGAUAUCAGUGGUUCUGCCUUUCUGGAAGAGCAAAUGGGGGCCUCUCCUGAAAUUGAAAAAUGAAGUGGAGACGGUGGUCAAGGUGGCAGAGAACGUGACAGAUGUCGUGGAAAAGGUAGCCGAGGGUGUGGAGAAGGUGGCAGAGGACGUGGCCGAGAUGCUCCCGGAGGGCGGAAAGCUAAGGAACGCGGUGGAACUUGUUGAGCAUGUGGCGGAAGAAACGGCCAAGGACGCCCAUCUGGUCGAAGGCUUGAUUGAUAAGGUGGAGGAAGUCGAAAAAGAAGUGGAGAAUGGGGUGGAGUCUCUCUUUGAACCGGCAGCAAACCGGGCAGUAGCUGUUGUUGAUGUAGUACCAGAUGAACCAGCCCAAGAAGCGAAUGAACAAGCUACCAAAGAAGUAGACGAACCAGCCAGUCCGGUUUAAUUCGGAUGAACAGGCAGCCCCAUCAGUUUUUUGACGUUUCCAUCUGAUGUCUGUAAACCAAUUCAUUCCUGAUUAAGAAAAAAGAAUAUCAUAAUAUUAAAUUUCAUUUAAUAUUCAUUUUUCUCCUGUAUCCAUCCUCUAAUAUUUGUGUCACGUUUAUUGAUUUUGCGUGACCCGGUUUAUCAAGGAGCUCCCAUGCCAAUUAUUUUCAAUCAACAAUUCUAUUUGAUUUCA